GCACGACGUUUCUCAUGUCACUGUCAAACGCCAUCUAAUAAGAGACGACAGGAACACUCGUCAGGGUCCACUGUGUCCUCAUAUCUUUGAUAUAACAGCCCCCUAAACUUCGUCUCAGAUUCACUGUUAUAGGCCAAGGGAUCCCCAACAAAGUACCCAUUGACCAAAGGCACCCUUGCUUCCGGAUCGCGUGAGCAUGAAGCCCUGAAAUCUUCUAAGAGUUCCUCUCCCAUAUGGCCUUGGUCUAUUCGCAACGACCUCCUUUGACGCGUCAUCGGCGCGAUGAGCAGUGAUCCCAAAGCCGUCCGCCGCUACCAUGCCGGAGUGGAAAGGGCUCUGGGUCUAUUCGAUGCUUCCAAUGAAUGGGCAGACUACAUAGCAUUCUUGAGUCGUCUUGCAAAGUCAUUGCAAGCGUCGCCGCCCGGUGCCGAUGUCCCACUGAAAUCUACCCUGGCCAAAUAUCUGGCCCUUUGCUUGAAGCCCUCGCUUCCAGCAGGAGUUCAUCAGAAAGCGCUCGAAUUGUAUGACUUGAUAUUCAGCCUGUUGGGCAAAGAUGGACUAUCAAGAGACCUGGCGAUUUGGCUUCCAGGAUUCUCACAAACCCUGACAUUUGCAUCGCUCACCACCAGGCCACUGUUUUUGUCAUUGUAUGACGAGCAUUUGCUGAGAUUGCCAAGUCAGACUAUCCGGCCCGCCCUCAGAGCGAUAAUACUAUCCCUUUUGCCUGGCAUUGAAGAAGAAAACAGCGAAGAUUUCGAGCGCACCCUGAAAACGUUCAAUCAAUUGCGCCACCUCUUCGCCCAAGAUGGAAUUGAAGAAUUCUUCUGGCAAAGCUUUUUCCUCGCAUCCAUCACCAGUGUCAACAAGCGUCCAGGUGCGCUGGUGUAUCUCACGCGAUACCUGCCGAAGUUGGGACCGCAGAGGAGUGCUUCCAGAGACGACAGUGCCCAGUCAGCAAGCGAUGACCCGUCAAUACAGGCUAUCAAGUCAGUCACUACUCCGGAACCAGGUCUACUCCUUCGGUGUUUUGCAACUGGACUUCAAGACGAACAGCCACUGGUCCAAAGGGGCUUUCUUGAUCUGUUGGUGACACAUCUUCCUCUCAACUCCUCAAUUCUACAGACCCAAGUCGUUUCGCAAGAUUUGGACCUUCUUGUGACUGCAGCUCUCUCGGUGGUACUGAAAAGAGACAUGAGUUUGAACCGAAGACUCUGGUCGUGGUUUGUGGGUCGUGAAGACAAGAGAGAGGGAUCGACCGAUUUACCAACAGCAGCAACCGGUGUCAUUUCAUCACCGAUUUCUCCGCAAAUGACGACUUCAACCCCAUCGAAGCAAGACUACUUUUCAGAGUAUGGCCUCAAGUCAGUGGUGCGAAGUUUGGAGAAGAUGCUUAGCAAGCAAGCUCCAGUGCCUGCCGAACGCGCUCGUCCGUUUCGUAUUAUGCUGUCUUUGAUGGAUCGGUGGGUGAUUGGACGUCAACCUGUUGAUGCUUUGUUCAUCCCAGCCAUGCGAGACCUUCAGAAAUAUCAAACAAAAGCUCCCUCACAGUCGUCUUUUGACGAAGUCUUCCGAAGCGCCAACGUCUUCUUUGACGCGACAGAACCUCACUUUGUCGCCAGUCAAUUGUAUACCCUACUACGAAAUGGAGACCUUGACCUUGUGGAGUUUAUUGUGUCUAAUUUCAGCCUGCAAGAGGAAGACAUGACAACCACACAUCUGCCGAUACUGUGUUUAGUCAUGUCUCAGAUGAUUAGCGAGAAAUUAUCUGAGGCAGAGAAGGCCAUGAACGGAAACAAAUCCGCCAUAUCAACAGUGCAACUGGCCAAGCUAUUGGAUGGCCUCAUUGCAGCAAUGCCAUUGGGAAAUAGAAGUUCCCCGUCAGAACAAACCACCAGCAAUAUGGAUGAGGCGUGGAGAUCCAAGAUAAGCGAGUACUAUGAUAGGUCUGCAAAGGUCCAAUCAAGCAAGACAUCCGAUAUCAGCCCAGCAUUGAUUGCUCAAACCUUACUCGGAAGCCUGGGCGAAGCACUCUUCAGCAGUCUAUCUCAAGCAGAGGCUCAACCACUUGUGCCAGUAUUGACAAACGCUCUUCUGAACCUGAUAGCAAGAGUGGAAAACCACGAAGCCCUACGCAAGAUUCGAGUUGGCACAAAGUUGAGGCAGAAUCUCGAGGUCAAGAAGCCAAAUUUAAUCAUCCAAUACGAGUCUACACGAACAACUGCAAAGAUUUUGGAUGCACUUCAUGCAUUCGACAAGAAGAUGUCGACAAUUACAGAGCACGAUAUUCUGACAAUCAUCCCCACUCUCGUCUCUCAGUUCUGGGAGGUGCUGCUGCCGUCCACUCCACAAUUCCACGUUGAAGCAGUCGACCAAAUUUGGAAUCUUCGCUACAUCUCGAGGGGCCUUCUUCUGGUUGACAGCAAAAUCACCGAGUUCAUGAGUGGGACAUCCGAUUUUGACGAUCAGAUGGCGCGCUUUUCCACAUUAUGGAUGCACACAAGAUUCCCAGAAGUGACUGUGGAAUUUUUCUCCGCCGACAAGCGUGAAAGUGAAGCAGAAAUCCCAUGGGCUCUACUGCAUUAUCCUGUACUAGGCAUGCUUGACGCAGCAGAAAGCAACCAAACAGAAGAUCCACGCCGGGUCUGGUUAGGCAAUCUACCGUCAUUGAGGCCAAUCUUCAAAAUAGUCUACACCGAGGCUGCACAAGAGAACUCCGACUUACAAAUGUCCCAACUAAGUUUGUUCCGCAUUCACAAGGUCCUCAGCAUUGCUCGUCAAUCUGAUUCACAGCGUCAGGACUUCUUUGGAGCUGAAGGGUUUACAGACACGAUUUUAGAUAUGUGCACGGAGAUUUUGUCAAGUCGCAGCGACCGCAAAGGCCCUGCUAAGACAGCCAUGUCUAUAUUGCGUUUGAUCACGGACGAGGCUGAUCUGCGGGGGAAAUCGGCACUGAUGGAUUUUAUGGUUCAACAGUUGUCCGAGCCAUCAGAAGAAAAUCCUCUGCAGGAGAGUAUUCUGGAGACCUUACAAGGCGUUUUCGCAAAGCCGAAUUCAGAACCACCUCCAAGUGACCUUUUGCCGGUCCUAAUCGCGGGUAUCUCAUCCAACCAGGUUGACUAUACGAUUGACAAGUGGAUUGCUCUGCUUUGCAACAUUCUGCCACUCUACUCAACCCAGAUAUUGUUCGCUCAUAUGUUGAAGCUUACGGCAUGUUUCUGUGAUCGGACGAAGUGGUACUUUGAGGCGAUCCAGACCCUGUAUGGACGACCAACCACCAUCAACCCAAGCGAUGACGAUCUCCGGGACCGAUCUGCAAAGAACCCCGAAAAGUCGAUCAACAACCUCCUUGCUGGGUUGGAAUACGUUCUUGCGAGGGCGCACACACAUUUGGCGGAUCAGAGCACUGGAGCGGACCCCGGCACGGUAGCGGCACCUGAUGCGACGCAAUCUCGUUCAAUAGCCAACAAUCGGCUGACUGUGAUUCUAUGCAUGCAAGAUACUAUCAAACUUUGUGGCGAGAUCUGGGCUUGGAGAAUCGUCAGACGACCGGCCAAUAUGAUUGGUGAUAGUAGAUCGUUCAAUUACAUCUCAUCACGACUGCGAACGAGGACACGACGGAUUCUGGAGAACUUGGCAGAUGCUGAACCACAAGAGUGUCUUGAAACUCUGAUGGGUUUGUGGACCGAAACAGCAAGAGAGGGAACUGAGCAAGAUGCCACGUUAAACUUGAUGCAAAGCCUCGAUGGAGCCCGGCCGAAGUUCAUGAUGCCAGCAACAUUCAAUGCAAUCUACAACCGUACCAAUCCCUCGGCUCUCGACCAGACUCAGAAGUCGAGUCUGUCGGUUGAUGUCAAUGCCACAGAACUGAUGGCGUUUCUAAUUGCUUACACUCGAGCACUAGAAGAUGAUCUUCUAGAGGAGAUCUGGACCGACUGUACGGCAUUCCUUCGAGAGGUGUUGGCGAAUCCAAUGCCCCACCGUCAGAUUCUGUUGAAGCUUCUGGAGUUUGUGGCCGUCAUGUGCGAAAAGAUGGAAAACACCAACUUUGGAGAGGUGUCCAAAAUGCGAAGAGAGUUGUCCGACCUGUGUGCGCGACUGUUCACCGCGAUAUUUACCAUCAAACCCGUGGGAACGGAGACAUUACCACAGAGACUCUCAGAGGAGUCGAAGCGUUCGACAGAUUCCAUGACUUUGCGACGACAAAAGAAUUCGUUGACUGUGGGAAACACAAUUGAAAUCCUAUGUGAAUCUCUCCCGGUCAUAACCAACAUGCUAGGCGAUUCGGAUCGCCUUAACACGGCGAUAUCUGGGAUCGCAGUCCACAUCACAGGACCAGCGCUCCGAUCACGACAAUUUCCGCAAACUUUGAGUGUCGACAUCCUUCGACUGUUGCAAAUGCUGUCGAGAUCUCAGCCAAACAAUAAAGUGUGGAGAAAGGAUAUCAUGGAUGCUUUCAAUGACGGCAAAUUCUUCCAGAGUCCAGUUGCCCUGUUUGAAGCUGGGUGGCUAGGACUGAUCAGACAAGUGCUGAUACCAGAAAAAGGAUUAUUUGGAGACAUCUUGUCGCGGUUGACACUUCCGACAACAGCGGGGAUCAUGUUUGGGGUAGGUGCCUCGGCAGCAAGAACAGAGGCCGACAGAAGGACACAGUUGUUACUCAAGAGAAUUUCUGUCCUUCUCAUCGCUGGCGAGACAGAUGCAUUCGUGUCGGAGGUGGGACAGAUUGUUCGCAAAGUGGAAGAGCUUUUGACGGCAACUGCGGUAUCCUCGCCGUCUUCAGCAACAAGGGCGGACAUUUAUACACUAUUGCGGGCCAUGGCUCUGUCCUUCUCUGAAGCUCAACUGGUGGGAAUCUGGCCGAUUGUGGAUGCCGAGCUCAGAGAACUGUUUGAUGUCAAAGAGAAGGAAGACGACACAAUAAGCUUUACCGAGAGUUCACUGUUGCAAGGAGCGAAAUUACUGGAUCUUCUUCUUCUGCUCAAGCCCGAAGAAUUUCAGUUGCACGAGUGGUUAUUUGUGACGGACACGAUCGACGCGAUCCACCCACCUCACGGAUUCACAUCUUCAGCACUGGCGGAUGCCUUGGGGACGCAAACAUCAGCAAGGGAAGUCGAGUUGCCCGUGGUGAAAAGUGGUACACUCAAGAAACCAUGGCUAUGCAAUGAUGGUCGGAAGGUGGAUGACACACAAAGUCUGCUACGACCAUUUUUCCGACAGUUGAGCAUCCAUGCCUUUGAGGAUACCUACAAUCUAGAGGAGGUUGAUAUCGAGGCAUGUCGAAAGGACCUUUUGAUCGACUUGUUCACAGAGUAGGAGACAAGGAACAGGUCUGACUUGGGGGUACCGUGUGGCUUGACUAAUGAGGUACGCUCUAGAGCAGACAUGAGGUAUUUUCAAACGAAUAUUUAAGCAUUUUAUUCCGCG